UUGAUGUUCGGUCCUCCUGGUUACCGUGGGACACUGGCUAUGUAAUUGCGCAGUAGUUAUAACGACAUCACCAUGGAGAUCCGAGUUUGAGUGAAAGAGGGUUCGGAACAUCAUUGGUGCUAGAACUCCAACGCAUCUUUAUUCUCAUUACCAGAGGAGGAAAAUACACUGAACUCGAACACACUGGUGCACAGCUUUAGACAGGACAAAACAGGCAACAUGCCUCCCAAAAAUGAAAAAGAACAAGAAAUCCCAAGAAAAGUUCAGUUUUUCAUUGACCAUAAAGGAAGCUUUCCCACGAAGAAACCAAAGCAAAGAAAACGAUUUAAGAAGCAGAAAGAUUCAAAGGAACAGACCGAAAAAGGCAUCACAAAACCGAUGAGACCAGCACCAAAAUUUAUUCAACAUAGAAAUGAAAGUGAGAGGAAGUUUAUGGCAAGAAUAGAAAGAGAAACAAAGUCUGUUCUUUUGACAUCACACCUUUCAGACAAAUAUCAGGUAGACUUUGAAGAACUUGAGAAAGGAAACAUAACAAAAAAGAAGAAAAUGACGAACAGUGCUAAAAUGAUGAGAUUGAAGGAAAAGAAAAGUCACAAGAAAGAAAAGAAGAUACAACAUCAGAGGGAUAAGAAGGGAGAUUUUUCCUACCUUAAUGACAAAGUACAAUUCGGAGAGGUUGCCAUGGCUCCACCAACUUUGAAGGCCAAACCGAAGAAAGCUCCUGGAUCCAUGGAUGCCAUUCCUAGGCCUGGUAAGAAGUCAUUGCUUCUGAAAGAGAUCAUUGCCAACAACAUGAGUUUGGGGAGAGGUGGGGUGUCAUCCACACGAGAAGUUGGUCAGACACUGAAACGUAAACAGAUGUCUCUGUCACAGCAACACACGAUGGACAAUGAACGAAACAAAGCAAUCAAGUUAUAUAGACAAAUGAGGGACAAACAGAAUAAAAAUCUCAGCUGAUUGAGUCA